AUGACUGUAACGGUCAUUCAUUCCGUGGAGUUGUUCGACGGCCACAAAGCUCGGUCGGGCGCAGUUGUUGUCUUCGAUUCGGACAGCGGCAAGAUCACGUCUGUCUCGACCGGUUCUAGCUCCGAUCAAUACCCCCAAGGGGCAACCAUCAUUGACGGCACGGGACACACUCUUCUUCCAGGGCUGAUUGAGUCUCACAUGCAUUGCUACAACCUGCAUCUAACUCCAGGAUCAGACGAAUCGACGAUCUUGACAUCGCCCUUGAAAAGUGGCAUCACCACAGUCUGCGACAUGCAUUCUGACCUUGCAUCUGUACAAAAAUGGCGCAAAGCCAUAGCCGAGGAAGUUGCACAAGCCAGGCAGGCUGGUGGAACAGUCACUCUAUCUGAUCUCAAGACCUCGCUUUAUGGUGCUACCAUCGAGGGAGGGUGGCCAAAACCGAUCGUUCUGGCCGGUCAUCCAUCGGAGGAGGCGAUCGAAAUGGUCAAGCAAUGGCCUAGCCUGACGCCGGAGACCGCAGCAGAUUAUGUCAAGAAUCACAAGGCGAACGGAGCAAACUACAUCAAACUAAUGCAAGAGAAUUGCUGUUCCCUCGCUAUCCCCACGAACUCAAUCCCAGUCGCCUCACUCGAGCUCCAAACUGCAGUUGUGAAUGCAGCUCAUGAGAAUGGUCUUCCGUGUGUUGGACAUGCUUUAAGCUCUGACAUGACCGAGAUUGUCCUUAAAGCCGGAGCCGACGGUCUGACGCACACCUUCGUUGAUCAACCUCUGCCGCAGAACAUCCUCGACCUCUACAAAAAGACAGGCGCUUUUGUGAUCCCUACGUUGACGGUGCUGGCCAGCUUAACGGCCGAACUACAGGAUUGGCGGGAGAGGUUUGCUGAUCUCGCACAUAAAAAGGGAGUUGUCGACGAUGCCACCAAGCAAAAUAUGGUUGAAGUGCUCGGCAUGAAGGAUCCAGCUGCCAAACUGGAGUAUGCAAUCGACACAGUGGCAAAGUUGAAGAAAGAAGGCAUCGAUAUUGUUGCUGGGACAGAUGCUGUGGCGGGCUUAAAGGGCACUGGAGUCGGCCCCAGCCUUUGGAUGGAGCUGGAAUUAUACACUGAGAAAUGCGGCUUUACCGUCACGGAAGCUUUGAACUCUGCAACGGCAGUGACCGCGAAGAGGUUUGGUUUCACCGAUCGUGGAGAAGUUGCAGAGGGCAAACGGGCCGAUCUUGUCCUUGUGAAAGGCAACGUCACCGAGAGGCUGCAGAAUCUCUGGGAAGGCGAGGGUAUCGUAGGAGUGUGGAAGGAGGGUUUGAAGGCUAGUUAG